AGGAUUCCCUUCACAGAGGAGUGGAUUUGGUUCAGCACACACAGGGACCUUUCAUGCUGCAUCAGUACAUCUGAUCAAGUUGAUAUAAGACUUCAAGUUUGAACAUAUUCUUUCUUACUGGGAUCAAGAUGAAGGAGGCAUGGUUUUCUUUCAUGAAUCAUUGAAGGUAAAGAAAGAGCAAGGGAGAAAAAACAGACUGGAAAUUACCUCGAACAUGGAGACAUUCCUGUUAGCAGGCAACUGAGGCAGACCGCGUUCAUAAUGUCGAUGAACAUAUUCCUGCUGCUCCUUAUCUGGGCUUUCAGGGUCACAGAGACAACGACAGACAUCUGGAGACAGUGCACAGAAUUAGUUCCCUUGGAUCUUCUGUCUUUUGUCCUUGAGAGGGACACAUCCAGAGUUGUCCCUGGGGUGCGUUUGAAGCAGUCAGCUGGACUGAGGGGGGUCCAGUUUCUCAGCCCGGAUACAUCUAUGAGCUUCCUUGCCUCCCAGCUCCUGGUGAACUGUGACCUUUUCCCCAAAGAGUUCUCCAUUGUUGUUACAGUAAAAGUACACCGCAUUGCACCCAAGAGAGAUGAGUACAUAUUUUCUCUGAUGGGACCAAAACAUGUGGAGAGCCCUGCACAGGAGAGGGAUGAUGUAUUGGAAAAUAAAAAUGAGAAAUUUAUUUCGGAAGAUGAGCGGCAGCCCAAUAGAAAGAAGAAAACCGAAAGUGAUGGGAAACCAGGAGAGAUCCUUCUUGGCCUGAAAUUAUCCCAGAAUGGCCUGACCUUUAUUUUUAAAAGUCACGGGAAAACAGCAGAGCACUGGAGCUUACAAGGUCUGCAUCUAUCUCCAAACCAGUGGCACACACUGGUUGUAGUUAUUGGCCCUAAACACAUGAAGCUGACAGUGGACUGCGGCUCACCAUUGGAAAUUGUUCCCUCGAGGCCUUUCCUCUCAGAUCUCAGCAUUCAGGGAUCCAGAUUCCACAUUGGCAGUCGGGGGAGAUGGAAGGGCUUGUUUUCAGGCCUGAUGCGACAACUGGUUCUCGUGCCAAACACGGAUGCCUCCCGUCAGAUCUGCCCGUCUUCUGACCCCCAGCUUACAGCUCUGUCAGUUCCCCCUCUGCUCUUAGACCUGCCUGUCAGAAAGAGGCAGAAUGACAGACAUACAACUUCCUCUGGAACUGCAGGACGACUGUUGGUGGGUUUGGAGAAGCCAUGCUCUACGUUGCUGCAAGGCCAGCUGUGGUUUAAUCCUCUCAAAAAAGGACUUUAUAUCUGUGAUGGAUCAGUGUGGAUCACUGUGUUGGAGGACCAUAAAAGACUGGACUAUGUUUUGGAGCAUCAGGACCUUAUCACCAGCUCUGAGACUCAUGAUGUGGAGGUGUUUCAGAUCCAGGGCGUGGGUCUUAUGGCUGCUAUGGCUCACAGAUCCUCAGCCUCUGGUUCAGCUGUGUAUCUCUGGACCCAAUUGGGUUUCAAGCUCUACCAGAACAUCAGCACUUAUGGAGCUCUGGCUUGGAAACAUUUCCAAAUAGGAAAGAAGGCUUAUCUUGUGGUGUCAAACUCUGGGACUGAAAAAAACAAAUCUUUAGAGAAAGAGUCUGAAUCGGACUCUUCUGUGAUUUAUAAAUGGAGCAGAAGAAGAAAACAGUUUGUGAAGUUCCAGACCCUGCAGACCUACUGCGCUCGAGACUGGGAGGCUUUUAACAUUAAUGACCAGACAUAUCUUGCUGUGGCCAAUCACAGAAAGGGAAACAAUAAUCACACCAUAAGCAGCGUGAUUUAUAAGUGGAACAGAUCAACAAAGUCUUUUGAGGCCCACCAGACGCUGAUCACUUUGGGAGCCUAUGACUGGGAGUUCUUCAAAGUUGGACCGUACCAUUUCCUAGUGGUGGCAAAUGCUUUUGAUGGAGUGUCCAUGUCUGUGGACUCUGUAAUCUAUGUUUGGAUCCAUGGAAGAUUCCAAGUGUUCCAGAGAAUCAAGACAUUCUGCGCCACAGACUGGGAAAUGUUCCAGAUUGGCAGCAGAGUAUUUCUGGUUGUAGCUAAUGGUCAGAGACUGGAGGGCAAUGGACCCGACCAGUACACCGUCAACUCAACCAUCUAUGAGCUCGACAUGAGUGGACAGCUAUUUGUUCGCUUCCAGGAUAUAGUUACCUACAGUGCUUUGGAUUGGGAGUUCUUCAGCCUCAGGGAAGAAUAUUUCUUGGUUGUUGCAAACUCAUAUAAUGGAGAAUCCUACUCUCUCAACAGCAUUCUUUACAGGUGGCAGGGAUAUGAAGGAUUUGUUCCUGUUCACUGGCUCCCAACGAUCGGAUGCAGUGACUGGGAGUUUUUCAGCUCUAAUGGAGAAUCCUUUCUGAUCUAUUCCAGUGCCACAGAGCCUUUCUCCAAAGUUUUCAAGCUCAGAACCUACUAAAACAGAGUGCAAAUGGCUUUGUGUUUUCAAUUACUUUAUGAUGUAUUGUGGUCAUGUAAAUGUUUUAAUAUAUCUUUGUAUAUACUGGAGAGUUUAUGUUUUAUAGACACAAUUUAUUUUCAAACAAUUUAA